GUGGUCCCAAUUGCUGCGAGCGACCAGCGAGCGACGCACGGAGGUCACGGAGCGCAUUCACAUUCACAGGCGCUCGGGAAUUAUGCCGUUCACGUGUCGUUCCUGCGUUACAAUCGCGAGCUAGCGCCGUUAGCUCGUAGCCGCGGCGGAGUUGCUCAACGGGCUCCCAGACUAGUCUUCCGUCAUGGCACUGAGAAGCGCCGCGUGCCGCCUCUUGGUCAACCCUCGGAGAUGUGUCCUCGCCUCGGCCUCCAGAGCACAGGCGACUGCGCCGUCGGUCAAAUGGGAUGCAAGGAAGACCGAGCAGAAGUCUAAAGCACCUAAAGUCCAGUUUAACUGGCGCGAUGCCCUGGAGCUGGAGGGCCUGCUGACUGAGGAGGAGGUCAUGAUUAGGGACUCCUUCCGCACAUACUGCCAAGAGAAACUCAUGCCUCGCAUCCUGAUUGCAAACAGGAAUGAAGUGUUCCACAGAGAAAUUGUGUCCGAGAUGGGAGAGAUGGGCGUCCUGGGCCCAACCAUUAAAGGUUACGGCUGUGCCGGGACAAGCUACGUAGCCUACGGUUUGAUUGCCAGAGAAGUGGAGCGCGUGGACAGCGGCUACCGCUCGGUCAUGAGCGUGCAGUCAUCUCUGGUCAUGCACCCCAUUUAUGCCUAUGGCACAGAGGAGCAGAAACAGAAGUACCUGCCCAGGCUGGCCCGCGGAGAGAUACUAGGUUGCUUCGGCUUGACGGAGCCCAACCAUGGCAGUGACCCCAGCGGCAUGGAAACCAGAGCCAAAUACAACCCGACCAGUCGCACCUACUCCCUCACUGGCUCAAAGACCUGGAUCACCAACUCUCCAGUGGCAGACGUAGCUGUGGUCUGGGCCAAGACUGAUGAUGGGAAGGUGCGCGGCUUCAUCUUGGAGCGCGGCAUGAAGGGCUUGUCCACACCCAAGAUCGAGGGGAAGUUCUCCCUGAGAGCCUCCGCCACCGGCAUGAUCGUCAUGGACGAGGUUGAGGUUCCCGAGGAGAACCUGCUGCCUAAAAUCUCUGGCCUUGGGGGUCCUUUCGGCUGCUUGAACAACGCCCGGUACGGUAUCGCAUGGGGUGCUCUUGGUGCGGCAGAGUUCUGUUUCCAUGCGGCGCGUCAGUACACACUCGACAGAAUCCAGUUUGGCGUGCCACUGGCGAGGAAUCAGCUGAUGCAGAAGAAAAUGGCCGACAUGCUGACAGAGAUAACAAUCGGCCUCCAGUCGUGCCUGCAGCUGGGAAGACUCAUCGAUGAGAAAAAAGCGGCCCCAGAGAUGAUAUCCAUGCUCAAGAGGAACAGCUGCGGUAAAGCCCUAGACAUUGCCAGACAGGCCAGAGACAUGCUGGGAGGAAACGGCAUCGCAGACGAGUACCACAUAAUCCGGCAUGUCAUGAACCUGGAGGCCGUCAACACAUACGAAGGCACUCAUGAUAUCCACGCCCUGAUCCUGGGCAGAGCCAUUACAGGACUGCAGUCCUUCACCGUGGACAAGUAGAGCAGAUCCCUCCCGCCAACACGACUCUGCAACAUCAACUCUGUAACAAGACGCAAGCGGUUUUUGGUUUGAUUUGAUGACGUGUCGUCUGUGUAAUGGCAUUGUUUGGUGUCUCUCAGGUUUGUGAAAUACAUAUACACGAGUGCUUUAUUUUGAGCGGAAGAGUCGUAAAAGUCCGUCACUGAGCUUGUGAGCUGUUGCGAAGUGUAAUUAUAUAGGUUUUUAACUUAAAGAGAGUUUAUUUUUCUACUCUCAUCCACAACAGUGUUUUUCAUGCUUCCUUUGUCCCAAUUGUGUAGAAAAAGUCAAAGGAACUUUGUGGACUUUCACUGUAGUGAAGUAUGUAUAGUUCGACUGAGGUCAAGAUCAGGAUUUGCUGCUGGUUGCUGAUGUGUGCAAAGUUAAUAUUGUAAUUAUGAAAAAAGGCAUAAAUUCACACAACUGAAUUGCCUGGUCAGUUUGUGAUUUGAUCCAAUAAUGGUUUAUCUUGAAGUGACAGUGGGGUUUGCCAUGUGGGAUUACUUGUAGAACUUGACUGGCUCUAACAGUAAGAUGUCAUAACAAAGUUAUUUUAGUGUGUCAGGUAAUAAAGUAAGUUGGAUAAGCCUCA